UUCGCGAGCAUAAAGACGCGAAAUGCUGAAAGUGAACCCGACAGCUCCACUCAGGAUAAACAGAAGCGUGCUGCGCCGACGUCAGUGACUCCAUAGUCAUGCCUCUAGGAGUGUUUUACCUGUGAGAGAUUUUGAUACGCCUAAAUAUUUUUUGUCGGAAUCUCACCGCCUCCAAAGGUAUUAGCUAGAAAACAACUGACAGAACAAAUUCCACCUUCUUUGCUCCUUCUUCAUGAUGGUCAGAGCAUCUGUCAUAACCAUCUGUGUCGCAUUCCUUCUCAUUUGUAGCAGUGAAGCUAAAACCAAUGGAAAGAACAAGAAGCCAAAACAGGUUGUGCCAGAUAUAGAGUGUGAUGUGCGAGCAGGGAAGGUCAGCUAUCCUGAGUUCAUUGUUAAGUGUCCCGCCAGCUGCCGGGACCAACAGAGGGUAUACGGGUCGGGGGUCUUCGCCCUCAUAUCCAGCAUCUGCAAUGCUGCCAUCCACAGUGGGGUAAUUACUAAUGAAGGGGGGAAGGUGAUCGUGAAGAAGAUGGCAGGACAAGCAGAAUAUAAGGGCAGCUUGGCUAACGGCAUCCGAUCCCUGUCCCUCCCCAACUGGAGAGAGUCUUUCACAGUCUCGGUCGGCAAGCCAAAGAAGGGCGUCAUCUACCCGUCCACUUUAGACUACGCUUCUUCCAAACCCGCCACAGUAAAAACAGGUCAGAAGGAAGCCAAAGCCCUGCCAGCCUCCACCAUGUUGCCAACCACGGCAGUCCCUGAUUCAACCACAACAGCCACAACGGAGCCAACCACCACCAUGACAACCACGACCCUGCCCACAACCAUUUCCCUGACCACGCCCACCACGACCACAGCUAAGCCGAGGGCUGCAGUUCAUAAAGUCAGAGAUGCAGGCAGCAGUUACCCAUACUUUGCCUCUUUGGCUGACGCAGCCAGUGCACGUCAGACACAGAAUCGCCAAGGGAAGGCUCUUCCUCAAGCAUUCAGGGGUGGUCCUCCCUAUGCUGGUAGAUUUCCCCCCCGCAUCAACCCAGGGGCACGCAAGACAGAGACAGGCACCACAGUCAAAAGGCAACCAUUACCCCCGUCUACAUCAGCUUUCUCUCGAGUCCAGUCUGAGAGGAACCAGCAUGUGGGCCACUCCAAUCCUACUUUUGCUAGGAGGGAGUGGCCACACCCAGCCUAUGCACGACCUGACUGGUCACAUAUGCCCAGGACACCCACAGAUAUUAGUAACUCUGAGCUAGACUCAGGCUACACAUGGACUGAUGUUGACACUGGCGAUUCCACAGCUGCAGACCCGAGACCAGAUAUUUCAGAAUAUGAGCGCUGGUAUUAUAACUUUGGACAGUACUCUCCUCGGCUGGCGGAGGAGGACGGAGGGCGCAAGCUGUUCCCUAAAAAUGACCACACCAGAGUGGAGCCAGUGGAGCCGUGGAAGACAGAAAUGAACCCUUUUGACUCAGGCUUCGGCACCCGAGAGCAGGACUCCUUACCCCAAGCUCCAGAGGCUGUAUUUCAGGGAGACCCAAACUGCAAAGUGGACAUUGCCUUCCUAAUGGAUGGCAGCUGGAGCAUUGGCAAGCGUCGCUUUAAGAUCCAGAAAGACUUCCUUAUGGAGGUUUCCCAGGUGCUCAGCGUGGGCAUGGCAGGUCCUAUGAUGGGCAUCAUCCAAUAUGGCGAUGACCCUGUGACUGAGUUCAGCCUGCGUCAGUUCUCCAGUUCCAAAGACCUGAAACUGGCAAUUGACAAGAUCGUCCAGAAGGGGGGGCUCUCGAAUGUGGGGAAAGCCCUCUCCUACAUCAACAAGCACUACUUCAGCGAUUCAAACGGCAACCGAGGGGGGGCGCCAAACGUAGCAGUUAUCUUGGUGGACGGCUGGCCCACCGACAAGGUAGAGGAGGCCUCGCGAUUGGCGAGGGAGUCGGGCAUCAACAUUUUCUUUGUCACCAUAGAGGGUCCAGAUGAUAAUGAGAAACAAAAUGUGGUGGAGCCCAACUUUGUGGACAAGGCCGUAUGCCGGACCAGCGGUUUCUUCUCGCUGCCCGUGGCUAGCUGGUUUGCGCUGCGCAAGGCCGUGCAGCCUCUAGUGAAGCGCGUGUGCGACACGGAUCGCCUGGUGUGCAGCAAGACGUGCCUAAACGCCAACGACAUCGCCUUCGUUAUCGACGGCUCCAGCAGCGUGGGCACGGGCAACUUCCGCACCGUGCUGCAGUUCGUGGCCAAUGUGACGCGCGAGUUCGAGAUCUCCGAUACGGACACGCGCGUCGGCGCGGUGCAGUAUACGUACGAGCAGAGGCUGGAGUUCGCCUUCGGCCAGCACAACACCAAGGCGGAUGUGCUGAAUGCCGUCAAGCGCAUUAGCUACUGGAGCGGCGGCACCAGCACGGGCGCCGCCAUCACCUACGCUGCUGCGCAGCUCUUCAGUAAGUCCAAGCCCAACAAGCGCAAGAUCAUGAUCGUCAUUACCGACGGGCGCUCCUACGACGACGUGCGCGCGCCCGCCCUCGCUGUGCACCGUCAAGGUGUCAUUGCUUACUCCAUUGGCAUUGCCUGGGCUGCCCAGGAUGAGCUGGAGUACAUAGCCACUGACCCAGACAGAGAUCACUCCUUCUUCGUGGACGAGUUCGACAACCUCUACAAGUACGUGCCCAAGAUUAUCAACAACAUAUGCCAGGAGUUCAACUCUCAGCCCCGGAACUAAGGAAAGCGAGGGCCUGUAGACGGGGCCAUCUUCAGACAUCUUGAGCCUCAGAGAUAUCAAAAGGCUGUCCCAAGGAGGACAGAUUUUUAACAUAAUAAUCAGUAACAGCAUCACUGUUUUUACUGCAGCAGAAAUAUUUAGCAUUGGUCUCAGUGUUUUUAGACUGGAAUAUUGGCAAAUGAAAGCUUUGGCUGACAGAUUGUAUGUAUAAGAAGCUGUGCAGUAUGCACAAUUCACCGAAUGCAUGCUGGAAAGGUGAUCAAGAGACUCAGGCAGGUAAGAGCAUGGCAGUUAGCACAGUGCUAAUAUAUAUGUUACACCUCUUGGAUAAAGACGUAUGGCAAGCCUUUUUCUUACUCUGUAUGCAUAGCAGUGGUGCUAUAUUACUUUUGUUUAAUCAAACUUCUUGCCUUGCAAAAGUGUCUUUUAGCUGAUGGCAUUUGGUCUUUUGUCCAAUUGAAGGUUUUCAAAAGUUAUUUUUGUAUUAUAUAGGGCCUUUUCACAUGCCUAAACAUAAAAUGAUUUCAUACUUGCAGUAAAUGGAUUAUUAUAUCUUAUGCAUGAUAAAACUAACUGAUACUAACCUAAGAUACAUUUUUGAACACAAAAUCAACCAGAAUUUAUAUCUACUUGGUUAAGAAUUAUUUUAAAGAAUAUUUUAAAGAUGCUUUACUAAUUGAAAUGACAGUUCAUAAUUGUUUUGAUAGAAUUUGUACAUUUCUGCAUUUUUUGGUAGGUCCACUCUUGUAAGAUUUUUAACCAUUUAAUUCAAAUAUAAGUUACAGUGCCUGUAUUUUCCCCUUUCCAUUUCAGAUAUUUAAUUACCUUUUUGUAAUUUGUCAUAUUUGUACAUAGGCACAUUAAAGUAAAACCUUUUGCUUUUUAUUUUGUAAGUUGCAGAAAUAAUUGCUUGCUAUUUUAAUGCGAUUUUUAAUAAAAGAUGGUCUUGAAAACCUGCAAAUGA